AUGAUUUUUAUACCUACCUAUUCUUAUAUAUAUAAAAUACAUAAAACUUACCAUCAAUUCUUUGACCAAACCAUUGCAUUAUUCUAUCUCGCAAUAAUACAAUUUUUAUUUUUCAAUUUUCAGCUUGUUUCGGCAAACCCAAACCAACGGAACUGGCGCGGAAUUUUGAUUGCGCUGCUCGUUAUUAUCGUAGUGCUGGCACUAAUCGUAACGUCCGUGGUCUUGCUCACUCCACCGGACGAAGGCCCACGUGUGAAAGGACAGCGAAUAAAACUGCAGGAUAUUAUAGACGGCGAGUACGCUCCUAAAAAAUUGAAUGGUAGCUGGAUCGGACCGGAUGAAUUUCUUUACCAAAACCACUGGGGUGAAAUCAGUUUGCUCAACCUGAAAAAUCUCUCGGAACGAAUUCUGAUGUCCAAUACGACUGUGAAAACGCUCGCUCCAGCCAAAUUUUCCAUCUCAGCCGACCGAAAGUUUCUUCUGCUGGCGCAAAACGUGAAGAAACUAUUUCGCCAUUCCUUCCUUGCUCAAUACACCGUCUACGAUAUUACAACGAGUGAAACGAUUCCGUUAACGCUAAAAGCCGAUGAUGAUGAAUGGUCGUUCCUGUUGCAUGCCGAGUUCACCCCGAAAGGACAGUCCAUAGUGCUGGUGCACAUGUACGACAUCUACUACAAACCGUCGGCGCGAGCCACCCAAACCUAUCGACUCACGAGAAGUGCCAUCCCGGGAAUUAUUUACAAUGGCGUGCCGGAUUGGCUAUACGAGGAAGAAAUCCUGCAAAGCAACAAGGCUAUCUGGCUCUCGAACGAUGGCCACCUGAUGCUGUACGGUACCUUCAACGAUUCGAUGGUGCAAGAGCAGCAGUUUUCCUGGUAUGGAAUGACCGGCGGAGACAUUAAUCUCUACCCGGAGAUCCGUUCGCUGAGAUACCCGAAACCGGGCACGAAAAAUCCCACCAUCACGCUAAAAGUUGCCGACUUGGCAGACCCCAAGAGCAUACGAACGCGCGAACUAACGCCGCCGCCGAUCUUGUUAAAUCAGGAACACUAUUUCACAAGCGCCGCUUGGGUAUCGCAGACUGAAGUCAGUGUAGUAUGGAUGAACCGACCCCAGAAUCUGUCGGUGGUAACGUUGUGCAAAAGUCCGAUGUGGUACUGCCAAGAGACCCAUCGGAUUAGCGGUGACGGGCGCGGAUGGGUGGAUGAGAUGUCUGUCCCGUUCUUCAGCCAGAACGGUAGUUCAUACAUUGCCAUUUCACCGUUACGAGAUGGAGCGGCAGGACACUUCCGACAUCUGGUGCAUGUACACAUCGGUAAAAAACGUAUCAUUCCUUUGACACAUGGUCGCUUCGAGGUGAACAAAAUACUCCACUGGGACCAGACCAACAAUUUUGUCUAUUAUUUGGGCGUCCCAGAGCACUCACCCGGACAGCAACAUUUAUACCGGGCAUCAUCACUGCCUCCGAAACAGGGCACGUCACCCCGUUCACCUCGGUGUCUCACCUGUUCGCAUCAACACAGUGGCCAUCCGCAUCAGGCGACCACAGUGAAGGCUUCUAACCGGGUACAACAGCAAUGGAACGACGACUGGGAAGACGACGGAGAAGACGGGGAGGAAUACAUUGAAAUCCCAGUGAUAACGGCCUCGCCAAAAAAGAAACGAAAAGCAGAGGAACCUGCGAUAGUUCCGCAGGCCCCUUGCCAGUUCUUUACGGCCACAUUCGCGCCCAACAGCAACGAGUUUGCACUAAUAGAGUGCCUCGGCCCAGUAGUGCCAUUCAGUGCCAUUUACCGAAUUCUGCUGGAUCCGAGCAAAAGCCCCACACAGGUUCUAUUCUUCCUGCAGAACAAUACUGCACUGGUGGAACGUGUAUCCAGAGUUGCACUGCCACAGGUUAAAUCGUUCCCGGUAAUGAUUUCAGGAGGCUAUCAUGCACAGGUGCGCCUAUUCCUGCCACCCGGACUGCGAGAGGACGAAAUCACACGGUAUCCGAUGAUUGUGCAUGUCUACUCCGGUCCUGGGACACAGCUCGUUACCGACAAGUGGCGCUUCGAUUGGAACACAUAUCUAGCUGGAACGAAAGACUAUAUCAUCACACAAAUCGAUGGCCGGGGUUCCAGUGGACAGGGCUAUCAGCUGCUGCAUGAGGUGUACCGCCGUUUAGGUACCGUGGAGGUGUCCGAUCAGCUUGAAGUGGCGGAAUACCUGCGCGAUAGUUUACACUUUGUUGACAAGCGACGAGUUGGCAUCUGGGGCUGGAGCUACGGUGGUUACACGGCCACCCUGGCAAUGGCCAGCCCGACAACGCUAUUCCAGUGUGGCAUCAGCGUUGCUCCUGUCACUAACUGGAAACUUUACGACUCGGCGUACACGGAACGCUACAUGGGCCUGCCGAACGUUACCGACAAUUACAAAGGCUACGAUGAUAGUGAUUUAUCUAAACAUGCUGAAAAGCUGCGCGAUAAACAGUUUCUAAUGAUCCAUGGCACGGCAGACGAUAAUGUGCACUUUCAACAGAGCAUGGUAUUCUCUAAGACACUGUCGGCCAAAGGAGCCCUCUUCAAGCAGCUGAUAUACCCAGACGAGGGUCACAACUUGGCCGGCGUGAAGCGGCAUCUGUACCGAUCGAUGACGCUGUUCUUCGAGGAUUGCUUCCGGAAGCUGGUGCCCCAGGAAGUGAAAGCUGGCCUCGGUAACGGUGGCUCCAGCGAUUAAUAUUUGCUGGACUACUUCGGCGAC